AUGUCAGAUCAAUGUGCGUGGUUUCGGCCGAUAAUUCCUCCUUUAGGGCCCUUCUGCCUGGAUGCCAGUUUAGAAUAUCUAACCGAUGUACAGUCCAGAGAGGGUUCCGGCUCCUUCACUUUCGACCGGGUCUUUCCCAUGGACUCGAAGCAAACGGACAUCUUCGAUUUCUCUAUCCGACCCACCGUCGACGAUAUAUUGAAUGGAUAUAACGGAACGGUUUUUGCCUAUGGUCAGACUGGUGCGGGUAAGUCAUAUACGAUGAUGGGAUCCGAUAUCGACGACGACAUCGGCAAAGGUAUUAUCCCCCGUAUUGUCGAACAGAUCUUCGCCAGUAUCCUUACUAGUCCGAGUAAUAUCGAGUAUACGGUGCGCGUCAGUUACAUGGAAAUUUAUAUGGAGCGUAUUCGCGAUCUGUUGGUGCCACAGAACGAUAACCUUCCCGUGCACGAGGAAAAGUCCAGAGGUGUUUACGUCAAGGGCCUGCUAGAAGUCUAUGUUUCUAGUGUGCAGGAGGUUUACGAGGUGAUGCGCCGUGGUGGCGCGGCACGAGCAGUUGCUGCGACCAACAUGAACCAGGAAUCGUCUCGUUCCCAUUCCAUCUUCGUCAUUACGGUUACGCAGAAGAACCUCGAGACAGGUUCUGCAAAGAGCGGUCAACUAUUCCUGGUCGAUUUGGCCGGUAGUGAAAAAGUUGGGAAGACGGGCGCCAGUGGUCAGACACUCGAGGAGGCGAAGAAAAUCAACAAGAGUUUGAGUGCUCUUGGUAUGGUCAUUAACGCGCUGACGGAUGGCAAAUCCACCCAUAUCCCGUAUCGUGACUCGAAACUCACCCGAAUCCUGCAGGAGAGUUUGGGAGGUAACUCAAGAACCACUUUGAUUAUCAACUGCUCUCCCAGUAGUUACAACGAUGCGGAAACCAUUUCGACCUUGCGAUUCGGUGUGCGAGCCAAGGCAAUUAAGAACAAGGCGAAGGUUAAUGCCGAACUGAGUCCCGCUGAAUUGAAGCAGUUGCUACGUAAAGCGCAGAGCCAGGUGAUCAAUUUCGAGAGCUACAUAUCGGCACUGGAGACCGAAGUCCAUGUAUGGCGGAGUGGUGAAAGUGUUCCCAAGGAUCGAUGGACGCCCGGCAGAAAUGAUGUUGUCAGUGCGACGAAGGCCGAAGCUCGACCGCGCCCUAGCACCCCGUCUCGACUUCAGGAGGCCCGAUCGGAAACCCCUCGUCCUGACUCGAGAGUUGGCGAUCGCUCGAGCACCCCUAGUCUUGUACUUGAAAAAGAUGAGAGGGAGGAGUUCCUCAGGCGUGAGAAUGAGCUGCAGGAUCAGAUCGCUGAAAAGGAAUCGCAUAUUGCCAAUGUUGAAAGGGGUCUGCGCGAGGCACGGGAGGAGCUCCGGGCAUUGAAGGAGAACUCGGCACGCUCGGGUAAGGACAACGAGAAGUUGAACACCGAAGUCAACGAGCUCCGGAUGCAGCUGGAGAAGGUAUCAUAUGAAAGCAAGGAAGCUGCCAUCACUAUGGACGGCCUUCGGGAGGCCAAUUCGGAGUUGACUACGGAACUGGAUGAUGUCAAGCAGCAGCUUCUCGACGUGCGAAUGAAGGCGAAGGAGACCAGUGCUGCACUAGACGAGAAGGAGAAGAAAAAGGCGGAGAAGAUGGCGAAGAUGAUGGCUGGAUUUGACCUCGGAGGCAAUGUCUUCUCCGAUAACGAGCGCAAACUUCAGGAUCUCAUCAACCGUGUUGAUGCAUUGCACCAAGUUAGCGAGGCGGGCGAAAACAUUGCACCGGACGAUCUCCUGGAGCUUCGCACGAGUUUGUCGGAGACCCAAGGUUUUAUCCGGCAGGCCGAGCUGACCAUGAAUGACCGGGGUGAGCUGAGUGAGCUGCAGGACAGCCGCAGAAUAGAAGUUGAGCAGAAGCUUGCAGACCUCGAGCAGGACUAUGAGAAGCUUCUGGAACGCAACCUGGGAGAGGAGGAUGUGGAUGAGAUCCGGGAGAGACUGGAAAAGGUCUACGUUACCCGAAAAGACGCCGAAAUGCAGGCAGCCUCGGAACUUCGCAAGGAGAUUGCACGUAAGGAUGAAGAACUCAGCAAGCUGCGUCAGUCUCUUGCCGACUCGCAAACUCGCGUGUCGACAAAUGGGGCCGCGGGCAAGAACUUGCAGCAGCAGAUCGCUGAAUUUGAUGCCAUGAAGAAAUCUCUCAUGCGUGAUCUGCAGAAUCGCUGUGAGCGUGUCGUGGAACUGGAGAUUUCUCUGGACGACGCCCGCGAGCAAUACAACAACGUGUUGCGCUCUUCUAACAACCGGGCCCAGCAGAAGAAGAUGGCAUUCUUGGAGCGUAACCUUGAGCAAUUGACCCAUGUACAGCGGCAGCUGGUAGAACAGAACAGCAGCUUAAAGAAGGAGGUUGCUAUUGCAGAGAGGAAACUGAUCGCCCGAAAUGAGCGCAUCGCAAGCUUGGAGAGCCUGCUCCAGGAGAGCCAGGAGAAACUCACACAGGCUAAUCAUCGUUUUGAAGCUCAACUUACUGCUGUCAAAGAGAGACUCGAGGCUGCGAAGCAGGGCUCUACCAGGGGUCUUCCGAGUAUGGAUAGCGGCGGCAGUUUUAGUUUUGGCGGCUCGAGAAUCGCGAAGCCGCUCCGUGGCGGCGGCGGAGGAUCCGAGAGCAGUGCUCCGGUUGCCGGAGUCCAGUCCCAGGAGACGGGAAAGCGCACCAGCUGGUUCUUUGAUAGACGAUGA